AUGAAUUCGACAGCGGAGGGCCCCAACCCGCUGAGGCCGUACUAUGUGCCACCUCCCAUAGGAUUGCCCGAUAGCCAGGCCGCAUCCAAGGUCGUUUCGAGUGCGGCAGCAGAGAAUAUAACGAGCUUUGGUACCUCUGCGCGGGAUAUAUUGUCUGAUUUUGAUUAUUCAGAUUACCUAGGAGACUCCUCGCCGUCGGUGGCAGAGUCUGUCAAACAGCUGUUUGAGAACGCAGCGCGCGGGUACUCGAAAGUUUUGAUAUCACAGCCAUUCGAAGUCGCAAAGACGAUACUGCAAGUGUACGUUGCUGAAGAUGGUGCCGCCGAAGUGGCAGAGGAAAUGAGAAGGCUGGAAAGACACCGGGUGGAGCAUUACGAAGAAGAGAAUGUGUUCGGUUCCGACGAUGAGAAUAACUACUUCGCGUCUAAUGCGCCCACAAAUAUACCGUCUUUUUCUAAGAGCUACCAGAAAGCGCCUCAACGUAUAACUGAACGGGGUGGCUACAUACCGCAGAGUGCCCAGCCAAAAUACAUGCUGAAGGUCAAGGACUCGUCCUCUAUGCUAGAUGUGCUAUCUCAGCUCUGGACAACUAGUGGACCGACGUCGAUAUGGAAAGCUUCAAACACUACAUUUAUAUACUCGAUACUCUUGCCCACCCUGAACACCUUCGUUCGGAGUUUACUAUCAGCCAUCUUAGGGUACCCGGAAGAUUCGUUUUCCUCCUUCCCGGCUAGUGAUAUCAUUACAUCGACUUCCCCAGGCACAGCUUUGAUACUAUCCUGCCUCUCAUCCGCACUGUCAGCAAUAAUACUAUCGCCGAUUGACACCGCGCGAACCUAUUUGAUUCUCACACCCCAUGGCCACGGCCCCCGAUCUCUACUCCAUUCAAUUAGGCUUCUUCCAUCUCCGAGCUACAUGAUUUCUCCUCAUCUUCUCCCUAUCACCAUUCUCACAUCGACACUACCAAAUCUAAUUUCUACCAGUGCUCCCCUCUUUCUAAAGUCAUAUCUAUCCCUUGACCCAGUGCUAAACCCAUUCUCAUGGAGUCUCUUCAGCCUUAUGGCCCAAGGUGUUGAGUUAACCGUGCGAGUACCCCUGGAGACUGUUCUCAGACGAGCACAGAUAUCAACCUUCACUUCUCCUGCUCUCCGCCAACCGGGCGUCACAUACUCAACCACAGCCAUGCAGUCACCUACCUCUGAGAGCUCCUCUACGCAAGCAGCAACAACUUCAAAUCCAAAUACACCCUUGCCUAUUAUCGUUCCACAUCCUCAAAGCUAUAGGGGAAUUAUAGGAACAAUGUGGAAUAUUAUCUAUGAAGAAGGCACAAACCCAACACCCACUGAGCUAGAUACGGUAGAGCAAAUGCUUGGCCGUACUCCCGAGGUAGGCAGACAGGCCACCCGGCGAAUACAGAAACGUCGAAAAGGCCAAGGAAUCCAAGGACUUUACAGAAGCUGGAGGCUUGAGAUGUGGGGUAUAGUCGGAGUAUGGGGAUCUGGCUUUUUGGGAGCUCUGAUGAGCGGCGUAGAGGAUGAUAUUGCCCCGGAUUCCAUGGGCAGGAUGUCCCUUGGAUCAACCGGAAGUUAUGUAGGGACUGAGAAAGGUGCCUUUUAA